AUGAAUGUGUUAGGAGUUACUCCUGACGUAAAUACAUACAAUGCCCUUUUUAACGGAUUCAUUAGAACUUGUGCUUUUGAUGAAGCCCGUUGUAUUCUGCAAGCCUUGUUGGAAAAUGAUUAUGCUCCUACAUGUAAACAGUUUAUCACUUUAGUUAAUGGCAUGUGUAGAAUAGGAAAUAUAAAAGGAGCAAUGAAGCUGCAAGAUGAAAUGAAAACACUUGGGGUCAGCUCCGAAAGUGUUGCUAUGAGCGCUAUCAUUAGAGGGCUUGCACGUUCAUGGAAGACUGACAACGCUAUUCGCAUUCUUGAUAUCGUGCUUGAGAUGCAAAUCAUUCCAACUGUUGCUACUUUCACUGCAUUAAUGCACACCUAUUGCAAAGAAGCUAAUGUUGCUAAGGCAUUGGAGUUGAGGAGUUUGAUGGAACAAUGUCAUGUGAAGCUUGAUGUUGCUGCAUACAGCGUUCUUAUAUCUGGUCUUUGUGCCGAUGGUGAUAUUCAAACUGCUUUUAAACUUUAUGAAGGAAUGAAACAAAGUGAUCUUUGGCCUAAUACCUUUAUAUACAUGGUUCUUAUUGAUUCAUUCUGUGCUGGAAAUUAUCAUAUUGAGAGUGAAAAGCUGUUGAGAGAUUUACAGACCAGAGAAUUGAUGUCUUUAGAUUUGUAUGGAGAAUAUGUUGCAGCUGCACAGUGCAGACAGAAGCUGCAUGAUGAAGUUCUAGAAGAGUGGGAGUUGUCGUUUCUCGAUUCUGCACUUGUUCAAGGAAAAGUGAAGGAAGGUGCAAAAAGUUCUGGAGUUCCUGUAGUGAGUGGAAAGUAUACAUAUUAUCACAAGAAGCUGCCACGGAAAGAGUUUGGCUCCUGUCAGUCUGUUGUAAAAGAUGAAUCAGGGCCAGGGAAGCAGUCUCUGGCUAAGUUAAGGAAACUUUCCAACGAGAAGAGGCUUUCUGCGUCAACUGAUAAUAGUGUUAGCAUGAAGGUGGUAAAAAGCAAUAACUCUGAUGGCACCACUGAAAGGAAGAACACUGGUCAUAUCUCCAGAGAGAAACUAAUUGGUAGGUUUAUGGCAAGUCCGGCUGUUUUUAUCAUUGCAUUUUGUUCAAUGUCAUGUACAAAUUGCCAUUUUGCAGUUUCUAGCUGUAUUCAUGAUUUUGCUUUUUGUUCGAUGUCAUGUAAAAACCCUUUGUCAUUAAAGGGGCAGCGAAUGCUGCCUGCUGGAGAGGUGGGUAGCCUGCAAAAUGCGUUGCAGUGGACUGUGAGUCUGCCCCUUGAACCUGAAAUCUCCCCACUAUUGACAAACAUAGGUUGA